AUGGCGACUUCCGCUAUGUUUAUUCUGGAUUUAAAGGGAAAAACGAUAAUAUCCCGAAAUUAUCGUGGCGAUGUGGACAUGACAACGGUCGAUAAAUUCAUCACUUUGUUGAUGGAGAAGGAAGAAGAAGGGUUGGCAGCACCGGUGCUCACUUAUCAGGACACCAAUUUUGUGUUCAUCAAGCACACAAACAUUUAUUUGGUCUCAGCAUGCCGCUCCAACGUCAACGUCACAAUGAUCCUUUCGUUUCUCUACAAAUGUGUCGAAGUGUUCUCCGAAUACUUUAAAGACGUUGAAGAGGAAUCGAUUCGCGACAAUUUUGUUGUAAUCUACGAGUUGCUUGAUGAAAUGAUGGAUUUCGGUUUCCCACAAACCACAGAAAGCCGCAUUUUGCAAGAGUACAUUACUCAGGAAGGCCAAAAGCUGGUUUCGGCACCUCGUCCUCCGAUGGCAGUCACGAAUGCUGUUUCCUGGAGAUCCGAGGGAAUAAAGUACCGGAAAAAUGAGGUAUUCCUGGAUGUGAUCGAAAGUGUCAACAUGCUGGCAAGUGCCAAUGGAACAGUUCUCCAGUCGGAAAUCGUUGGAAGUGUCAAAAUGAGAGUUUAUCUCACUGGAAUGCCUGAAUUGCGGCUUGGUUUGAACGACAAAGUUCUGUUUGAGGGAAGUGGAAGAGGAAAGAGUAAGUCGGUCGAGCUGGAAGAUGUGAAGUUUCAUCAAUGUGUUCGUCUGUCUCGCUUCGAUACCGAUCGCACUAUAUCAUUCAUUCCCCCUGAUGGCGCUUUCGAGUUGAUGAGUUAUAGACUGACUACUGUUGUGAAGCCACUGAUUUGGAUUGAGACAAGUAUUGAGCGUCACAGUCACUCGAGAGUGUCAUUUAUCAUCAAGGCAAAAUCUCAAUUCAAACGUCGGUCCACUGCCAACAACGUUGAAAUUAUCAUCCCAGUCCCAUCUGACGCAGAUUCGCCGAAAUUCAAGACCAGCAUCGGAUCGGUGAAAUACACACCGGAGCAGAGUGCAUUCGUAUGGACCAUCAAGAGUUUCCCAGGCGGGAAGGAAUACCUUCUCACUGCACACCUAUCUCUACCAUCUGUUAUGAGUGAGGAAUCAGAGGGAAGACCACCGAUCAAAGUCAAGUUCGAGAUUCCAUACUUCACCACUUCGGGAAUUCAGGUACGCUAUUUGAAAAUCAUAGAAAAGAGUGGCUACCAAGCGCUUCCGUGGGUUCGGUAUAUUACGCAGAACGGAGAAUACGAAAUGAGAAUGAAAUGA